AUGACGACAACAAAAGCUAAGCAGGAGGAGCUCUAUCUGGAAGGAUAUUCCUUCAUUUUCUCCCAUAAAGGCUACGUGACGUUGGACAUGGAGCAAUCUCACGACCUUCUCCAGAACAUCAGCGUCUGCCUCUGUUCUUUGUCCGACUCGCCGUACAAGCAGGCCCUCUUCUCCUACGCCACCAAAGACCAAGACAAGGAAAUCCUGAUUUAUAAGGUCUAUGGCCCGGAUGGGUUUUGGUGGUACACAGUCUACAUCGGUGGUGUCCCUCAGCGCUUCCGGGUCCCCGAUUCCUACCAAGCCUGGCAGAAGAUCUGCAUCAGAUGGUCAUCGGAGACGGGAGUCCUCAGCUUGGAGAUCAAUGGGCAAACGUUGGCCAGGAAGGUGGUACGUCAAGGCUACUUCAUCAAACCUCACGCGUUGGUCCAGCUUGGGCGAGCUCACCACGAGGACGUUUUCUUCCAUGGAGAAAUCCAACAGGUGUACAUGUGGAACACUACUGGUGACAAUAGGUAUAAUCCACCCAUGUUUGGGUGGUCCAACCUGAGGUAUGAAACUCAAGGCAACGUCGCUCUGGAUAACCUUUCCUGGCCACCCUACAUCUGUUAG